AUGUCAAACGCAUCCGCAUCUACUCUUCCCUCUGGGAGUUCCUCGGAACUAGAUCGUUCCCCCACCGUUAUUCGUGUAAAUGAUGAGCGUUUCAAUAUCCAGUCUCCCCAGCGGAAGAUCCUCAUUCGCCAGUUCAAGAAAGCUCUUCUUGAACAAGAAGUCCCCUCCCCAUUGUGGGCUGUUAUUCAGUUGUGCGACCUCGAGAAGCUUGAGUAUAUUGUACAGCUUGCCCACUUCUCAUUGAAAAUCAUGGAUACCAUUGCUGAACUCAUUUGUGCUCUUCCAUUCAAAUGGACGGUGACACCAUCUCCCUCUCAACAGCUCGAAUCAGUAUGCUCGACUUCUUCUUUCAGCCCGCGGCCACGUGCUCUGCCAGUUGCGAUCUACGCCGCCAGAGAACGAGACGGAUACAAGUGUGUCAUCACAGGUACCCGCAAGAUCUACCAAACUACUCCAAUCGUUCCAGCUGGUGCGGUCAGCUCCCACUUGCAGGAUGAUCCGGCUUCUCCUGACAUUUGGAGGUUUGCGGAUGUGUUCUGGGGAAAGAGUACAACUGAAAGAUGGAAAAGAGCUGUUUUCAAUAACCCAACCCAGCCCGAGACCCCUGGCAAUGAUUGCUCUAAUCUGAUCUGCCUUCGCAGAGACCUUCGUUCUGCAUGGUCAAGUGGUUUGUUCGCCCUGCGUCCCGCCUGGAUUUCCGAGGAUAAGACCCAAAUGGAUAUUGAGUUCUAUUGGCAGCCAAGGCCUGACCACAAGCUUUUCGAUGUGGUUGAUGUGUGCAAGAAGCCCAUCUCUACCAAGAACGUCAACAGCGUGGAUCGACUGAUCGUGGCGGUAGGAAAGCGAGGUGAACCAACAUACCGUGCCAUUGAGUCCGGCUAUCGCUUCAGAAUGACAACGGACGACCCCGUCGAGCGACCGCUUCCGAGUUUUGACUUGCUGGACAUGCAGUGGCAUUUCACUCGACUGAUCGCCUUAUGCGCUGCGGGCAGUUUCUUCGAUGGUGAUGAUGAGGAUGAAGAGGACGCCAGAUCAGACACGACUACCCAUGCGGACCAGCCUCUGUCUUCCAACCCCCCAACCGACGACAUUCUGGCUUGGGUUAAAUCUUCUCUCGAAUCUGAUUGCGCUCCCGAGUCAGACUUUGUAGAGGAUAUCGAUGCAUCGAUGAUUGGCCCUCUGCCAGGGUCCGACACCAAUCGUUCGCGCAGUGUUAGCCAGGCUUCGAAGAGUUCUGAUGGGUCAGCGGAUUCAGCGGGUUCGGCAGGCUUGGAGAGUUCAGCCAGUGUGAUUGAUGUGAUCUCCGGAACUGGCCAUCUAUCCAUUGACUUCAAACGUGACAGUUAA